AUUCUGCCUCUUGUGAAGAUCUAAGGCUUAGCUUCCCUGAUGCAGUUGGAAGACUGUAAAAAGCAAUAUAGGCACAGCUAAUUGAUUGUUGUAUCAUGUCUUAUUAAUAUUUCUAGCUUUUUGGCCGCUCUCACUCCACUUGUUUCCUCUGCCACAUUUACUAAAAUGACCAUUGAUUUCUCUUGUUACUCAUUAAAUUCCAACAGAUAGAUGAUGGAAUUUGACUUUUCUUUUUAGAUCAAUUAAAUUAACCAGUGUGCUGGUACUUGUACAGUUUUCUUCAGCAACGCCUGCCCUUCUUUUCUUUCUUAUAAGUGGCAAAGGUAAGUUUUGUCUAGCAAGAAGAGACUUUAGCCAUUAUCCACAGUAGAAGAAUUAAUCCACAAGGAUGGAUUCGAAUCAACAGUCUCCUUAUGCAGUAAAUGUAUAGUCGUACACAAAGCAAAAGGGAGAAAAGCAAAAGCAAAGAAGGAAGCAGGGGGUGGAGCAUAAGAAAAGCAAAAGAAGAUGUCUUUCUCAAACACAGAUCCCAAUGGAAUGCAGGAACGAUGCCCGGCAUUGCUUGCUGGAACUCAUUCUUUUUGUUUACUAGUUUAAAGGGACUCCCUUUGUUCUCCUUGGUAAUCUUUUCAGUGUGAUAUAUAUGUAUAUAUAUAUAUACUCACACACACACAAAGCCCAACCAUUAAGUUGUGUCUAAGACUUUGUUUUUAGGUCUAUGGUUAGAUUUUGUUCUGCGUAGUGAGUCUGCAGCUAGAAAACAAAAGUAGAAAAUGAGUCUCAAAUGGAGGGAACAAAAGAAAGGGUGGAGUAUGAUUAGUUUAUUUGUCUCCCAAUGAUUGACUUGCCUUGCUCUAAGAGAAACUCGCUCUGAAUCUUUUUUCUAAGUGUCAGGAUAUUUCAAUUCCAUAGCAACAAAGAUGAAGUCUUUGAGUAAUGAUGACAAUAGCAGCAACACUAACAGCAACAGCCACUGGCUUGGUUUUUCACUUUCCCCUCACAUAAACAGCUUAGAGGGUCCUCCUCCUGAUCAACAUCACUCUCAACCUUGCUCUAGUGAUGUUCCAAGUUCAGUCCCCAUUAGAUUUUCUCCAGCCCCUCUCACCUAUCCAGGCAUGUUCUAUAAUACUGAAGGUGACAAUGCAGCCUUUUUCUCUUCAUAUUCUGUGAUGCCUCUCAAGUCUGAUGGUUCAUUAUGUAUUAUGAAAGCAUUCAACAGGUCACAACAACCACAAGGUAUGGUAAGUUCAACACCAAAACUGGAGGACUUCUUUGGUGAUGCAUCAAUAGGGACCAAUCACUAUGAAGAUUGUAACAGAGGAGGUAUGGCUCACAGCUUAGACAACAACAUUUACUACAACCAACACCAACAAAAUGAAACCUCCAAUAGCCAAGAUUUCUUGAACCAUUUUCAAGACAACUCUAGGCAGCUGCAACAACAACACUACUACCCCGAUUUCUUAGCACUUCGAGGGCAUGAACUAUAUCACUCUACUGAGCAGGGGAAAACAGAGUGCAAUCCUCAGGUUCCAACAAUGCCAGUUGAUGAAAUGUCUGGAAUGAAUAACUGGGUGUCAAGAAACUAUCAGAAUCCAAAUGCACAUGCACAUGCAUUGGAGCAGAAUAUGAUAGGAUGCAUGGCUGAUAAUAGUGGUGAAUCUGGAUCAAGUGGUGCGAUGACAUAUGGAGAUUUUAAGUCACUUAGCUUAUCAAUGAGCCCUGGCUCUCAAUCCAGCUGUGUCACUGGAACACAACAAAUCUCGCCAACUGUCGCGGAUUGUAUUGCUAUGGAAACAAAGAAAAGAGGGCCUGAGAAGGUGGAAAAUCAAAAGCAAAUUGUUCAUAGGAAAUCCAUUGAUACUUUUGGCCAAAGAACCUCACAGUAUCGAGGUGUCACUAGGCAUAGAUGGACUGGUAGAUACGAAGCUCAUCUAUGGGACAACAGUUGUAAGAAAGAAGGGCAGAGCAGGAAAGGAAGGCAAGUCUAUCUAGGUGGGUAUGACAUGGAAGAAAAAGCUGCAAGAUCAUAUGAUUUGGCAGCACUGAAGUACUGGGGACCCUCCACACACAUAAAUUUCCCGUUGGAAAAUUAUCAACAAGAGCUUGAAGAAAUGAAAAACAUGACACGACAAGAAUAUGUAGCUAACUUAAGAAGAAAGAGUAGUGGUUUUUCAAGAGGAGCUUCAAUGUAUAGAGGGGUGACAAGACACCAUCAGCAUGGAAGAUGGCAAGCUCGUAUCGGCCGCGUGGCUGGGAACAAGGACCUUUAUCUGGGGACAUUUAGUACCCAAGAAGAAGCUGCAGAGGCCUAUGACAUUGCUGCAAUUAAAUUUCGAGGUGUAAAUGCUGUGACAAACUUUGACAUAUCAAGGUAUGACGUGGAGCGUAUAAUGGAAAGUAACACCCUUCUUGCUGGGGAAUUGGCUAGGAGGAAAAAAGACACAGAAACAAGCAAAGUAAUCUCUAAUCAAAUCCUUGCAAAUCAAAACCACAUUCAGAAUAAAGAGGUAAGUGGAAAUGUAGUAGAUUGGACAAUGACACUUCAUCAGUCUUCCUCUGCUGGAGUUGAUACAAAUACAAUGAGCUCUACACUACGAGAGGUGGAUGAAUCUGCGCGAAUCAAUACUCACUUGUCAAAUGCUUCUUCUCUAGUAACUAGCCUGGACAGCUCUCGAGAAGGCAGCCCUGCUAAAAACAAUAGCCAUUCGAUGCAUUUUGCGAUGCCUCAGUCAGCACCAAACCUAAUCACUAGUCCAGCAACUAAUAUUACCUCUUGGAUCUCAUCAGCCCAGUUGAGGCCUAACGUCCCAAUCUUUGCCGCAUGGACAGAUGCUUAAUUGUUCACAUUAUCCAAAUUUCUGGAAGUAGGAGGAAAUGAAUCUAAUUUAAUGUAUCUUUUUUUGUUUCUAAAUGCAAGUUGAUGAUAGUCUUGGUGGGAGUAGAAAAUAGUUCCAAAAAAGCACAAUUUGCCAACUUUUAGCUCUGAAUGGAUGAAUCAACGGAGAGAUACUUUAGUAAAAUUAAUGAUGAGUUGAAAUUGUGUGCAAUGGUUGACUACUUAAAAAGGUUCAAUUGAUAAUUAGAGUUUAUUCUGU